GGAAAGCCAAUGACGUUUUGCGCAUGCUCACGUUGAGCCAGAGAGCUGCAAGGAAAAAGUACAAGAGACAAAGGAAUAAACAACUCAAGGAGUGGACGCGAAAACACCAAGUUUGAGGAACGAAAGCAACCUAGACUGGAACAUAUCGUGUGCAGACAGAGCCAAGGUUAUCUCUGCAGUUCUCCCAGUGGUCUUCUAUGGCAGUUGCCAGGAUCCUGCACUGCUGACCCAUUUAGUCCCGGUCAGCUGUACGAGUCAAACUGUCUUUUCCACCCUGGUGUCAGCCAAAAUGGAAAGAACUUCUCUGCCCUAGUGGUUACUAUGGUGCUCAGCAAGUCUUUGUGCAAUAACAACAUGAAGAACACAGAAAGAGGACACAGUCGAGUCUGCUUCUGAGAAGAAGUGGUCGGUUUCCACGGGUGCUUAUUUUCACUGAUUCACUGCAAGGUGCACUGGCUCACCUUUCAUCCCAGUAGCAAACUCCCCUCCCCUUGCCACUCAUCCCAAGCAGCUGAGAGGUUGCUGUGGAGAUGAUAGUGGUGACAUAGCAGCAGGAAUGGGGAGUACUCCAUGUUCUGGUAAGGGGAGGGGGGUCGGGGGUUUUCAGGAGCUGGGUUGUAUGCCAUGGAAGGUAAGCAAGCAGAAAGGAGAAGCCGUCGGUGGACGUGGGUCUGAGUUAGAGGAUAGGCCAAAUGCUGGAACGCCCCCCACCUCGUCACAACCUCCCGCCAUUUAUCACGAAAAGCAGCAUCGAGAGCUGUGCGCUCUGCAUGCCCUAAACAAUGUCUUCCAGGACGGAGCAGCAUUCAGCCGUGAUGCACUUCAGGACAUCUACCAGAGGCUCUCUCCUAGCACUUUGGUCACACCCCACAAGAAAAACAUGCUGGGUAAUGGUAACUAUGAUGUGAAUGUCAUCAUGGCUGCAUUGCAGACCCGUGGGUUUGAGGCUGUUUGGUGGGACAAGAGAAGGGACGUUGGCAGCAUUGCACUGCCGAACGUCACUGGUUUCAUCUUGAAUGUGCCAUCCAAUCUGCGCUGGGGGCCGCUGCGACUGCCCCUCAAGCGGCAGCACUGGAUUGGAGUUCGAGAAGUAGGAGGAGUCUACUAUAACUUGGACUCCAAACUGCGCAGUCCUCAUGCUAUCGGAACAGCUGAUGAACUGAGGAAGUUCUUGCGUCACCAGCUUCGAGGGAAGAACUGUGAACUCCUAUUGGUCGUGCCAGAGGAGGUGGAAGUCCACCAGACGUGGAGGUCUGAUAACUGAUGAAUGUUUUGGAUCGCUUUUUUGUUUUAGUUAGGUUUUUUGUUUUGUUUUUGGAGGUUUCUCAAGUUCAUGCUCAGGAGGGAAAUGUGAGGUUCAAUCAGGGACCCUUUUAAAGAGCAGCAAAUGGAGUUGCGCUCAACCAGUCAUGAAAGCACACUGCUCAGACUUUGUUUACACACACACCGCUGGACUCUUGCCAUCGAGAGAGAAGCAGAAAAGAACACACACAGGGAUAUCACAAGACAACUAAACACUACGCAAAGAAUUUUGUUUGGUAUUUGGGAUUCUGAUGAAUUUUUUAUACGUUGAUUCUUUCUUUUACUUUGUACUGUUUUCUGACUUGAAAGUGAGAAGUUAUGGAAUUCUUAGUGAUGUGUUCUCCUUGUUCAUCACCUGUCAUCCUCACUUCUUCUCUCUUUCCAUGUGAUUUUCCCGUGCAGCCAUGUGAUCGUUUGAAAUGUCCGCCACACAUUACAGGUCACCGUAAAAAGAUAUUCGUUUAACCAACUGGAUUUUUUGAACACAGGGGUGCAUAUGUACUUACUUAGUGCAUGACAUGUACUUGAAGAUUUAGAGAAGGAACACCAGUAGCCCCUGCUUAACCGUUCCCUACAUAUUUAAUGGCAUAGUGACAGAUGAGUUGUUUCCUGUGUAUCACAGUAUAGCAUGGCACCACAGUAAUUGGAUGUUUUGUGUUAGUUUCCUAAAGUUACCAAAAAGGUCACUUGUCAAUCUCUUACCUUAAAUGGUUGCUCUCGACACUCUUUCUUGUUAAACGGUUAAGGUUAGACUUGUUGAAUCCUAGACCACACGUAAGAAAAUAGAACAGGUGAGUGUUGGUAGUAAAAAAAUGUCAACUGCCAAAAACUGUGUUGUUAAACAAAACGGUUGUAUGUACAUUUACAUAGAAAAUGCUAAUAGUUAGAAAGGCGGAGGUCUCUAAAUCUGGCAAGUUAAUUAAUCUUUGAUUGAUAUUUGAUUAAUAUGGCCUUAAACUGUUUACAGAGGGAGCAGAUUACACAAAGGGAAGUCUAAUGCAUCUCAGGUUAUCUUCAGAUCCAACUGUAUUCAAUUUCACUUAUUAAAAACGAUCUUCAACACAUUGUGUAAAACACUUCAAAAAGAUUAUAGACACUCAAAUCAGAUACUACAACUUAAAAGGAACAUUCCACAUGUCCAUACACAGGGUGCUUUGUAAUACUGUAGAGAUGAAUAGAUUCUUUUGCCAUGACAAUCUAAAUCCCCACGUCUCUUUUUCAGGGAGAUGGGGACAACAUGUGCUCAUGCCAUUGUUUUCCAUUCAAAUAAAAUGCUUAUGAUGGCACUUUAUGUAUGAUGUAAAAUGUGCUGUGACAUCAUUAAAAUGUCUUUGUAUGUAUAAAA